AGGCAUCUCAUGCUGUCCAUGGCAGAAUAUGUUGAAAUCAUAGUUUAACACGAGCUGGAAUCAUAGCUCCGGCAUAGAACCCUAUCCGUGCUAUAACUCGGCACCAAUCCUUCGCUAUGGGCAACUGUGUUUCUUCAAGUUGGGGGAAGUGGGCAUUGUGUGUACAAGAUAGCGCGACUUCGGCCCGAUCUUGGUCUUCCACAGACUUCAGUGUGAGGUCACUUCUAUCCCAGUCACUACCAGAGCAGCCAUCGACCGAGCCGUCAUCUCCCGAGCAGGAAACAGCGGAGCAGGCAGUGCUCGAAGAACCCCGAAAGGCAUCUCAGAACCUCGAUACUCUGCCUGCAGAGCUAUUCGACAUGAUCGCCAGCUACCUUGACCGAGAUGGGCUCUAUAGCCUCUAUCUCGUCUCCCAAAGGGUGAGCAAACUGGCCUACCCGUCCAUUCUUGCUUCCUUACAUGCCAGGAAACACACCGGGCUCACGCCCAUAGAGAUCGAAAACAUCCACACUCUGGCGAUUGACCCCACAAUCAAUCACCUUCCCAGGUCGUUGCAUGUAACCGUGCCCUAUAUCGGGUACAGUACUGCACGGAAGGUAAGUUGGGGGCGCCUAUCUUACGACCGCAAGGCCCUUCAUGAGCUUCCAGAGAUGAAAGCAUUGAGGCAGGACUUGAAUCGGUUAGUCAAUUGCAAAGAGUUUCAUUUCACACUCGCCAGGGCAGGGUCGACUUUGGAGAACAAGAUCAUGUACAUCGAGGACGCUCUUUAUGCAGUCCUUGCUGAAAACACCGUCCCAGUCGAGAAACUCAUACUGGACAGCAGGGUUGUCAAGUCGCGGGCGAACGAGAAGUCAAUGAUGCACCCAAAUCUUGCAAGGGUGUGGAGGCGCCUGAAGUCGCUCAAGAUUACCGAGUCGCCCUCAUUGGAUUUUUCGAGAGGUACUGCUCUCUCCCACAUCCUUCAGCACGCCCCAGAACUUCGAAGCCUUUCCCUCCACAGUCUAGCUGACACCCCUGCACGUCGUUCAACAAUAUUCAAGUUAGCCAGCUCCGCAAACAUACGAACUAACCGACUCGAGAAGCUGAGGCUCUCUUAUCUCACAGUUGAGCCGGAAGAUUUGAUCAUGUGGCUAACACGCUUCAAUAGUACCCUGAGGAUACUGGACCUUCAAUCCGUUGGCCUGGCGCACGGAAGCUGGGUAAAUGUAGUCCAGCACAUCCUCGACUCAUGUCCUAACUUACAGAAAGUUGUUGUGGACUACCCCUGGGUUUCUGAUUGGAACCGGCGUGCCUGGGAUAAGUUUGAGUGCUCGGGGCCUGAUAUUCGAAUCAAGCUAGAGCAAUUCAAGCAGAGCGCCACUGAAGCCAAAAUUUGACUUGUCAAGGGCGACGUCCUGGCAAGUAUCCACUCGUUUGUGUACAGUACGAUCUCUGAUAUGUUUGAGUUUGGAGAUGCUGUCUAGUACAUAAAUUCCUUUUGUUUGUUGUGUGUACAUUUCUGUGAACAUUCCCAUAUUUUCGUCGUGUCUAUUGCAUGUUUGAGGUUCCGAUCUAUGUAAUGUAAGCUGCCCACCCUUUCGGUAUUUGCUUUUCUUUUUUGUCAAUUUUUGUUCUGUUCUUUCUUUUUUUCUAUCCCUCUCAUUCAUUGGCCCUUGAUUAGAUGGUUCCUGACAGACAGGUACCAGAUGCCAUGGGUCGCCCACCAUCCAGAUCAUCCCAUGGUCUAUAUGACCGGCAGGAGAUCGUGCAUGGUAGCGAGCCAGGCUACCAUCACUUGCUUAGACUAUUGCCCUUAGCAUAAUGAUAAUUCAAGAAUUGUGUUCAACCAUUGUGUGUGUCUGUCACUUGACCUGAAGCCUGUGU